AUUCAAAGUACAAAACUAUUAAAUGUUAUCAUACUUAUAUUUUUUCAUAAUAAAUGCAUUAAAACUGUUAAUGAUUUUUUUAUCAACAACAUGGAAAUAAAAGAAAAUCAUACGUAACUAAAUCGAGAAAAUAUGGACGCUUGAUAUUUCUUCAGUCUGUAUUUGCGUCACGAUUACACUGAUCAUUUAUUUCCCGCAAUAUUCCAAAAUGGCAGCUCCCAUUGAAAACGAACAGAAAUCUCCAGUUUCUGACGAAGUUCCCGAAUUUCUUAACCCAUUAUCUCCUAAAUUUGAUCCAAGACGCGCAUUGUAUGACAGUCAUACUCCUAUUCCAGUACCAGAUGCAAAACAAUUCAAUAAUUUAGCAGAAUUUGAAAAUUAUCUGCAAGGUAAAGAUGCCAAAACAUUGCAAAAGAAGAAGGCAAAACCGAAAGAGCAAUUGCCAGGUAUCAUCGCAGUUAGGGCAGCAGCUCAAGCCAAGGAAGCGGUGAGGAAAGCUGCAAUUAUGGCAAAAAAUGCUGGUCCUAGUGAACGUUCAAAAACCCAGGAAAGGCGAAACCGCAGUACAACAGUGUUCACAAGAAUGGAAAGUUACAAGAAGGGUCCACUUAGUUUGUUGAGGAAAUGUGUGGAAGAGAGACUGCGUGUUAUAGUGGUGGUACGUGCUGCUGUGGCUGUUAGGAGCCGAUGUCGAGGUUAUGUCAUAGGAUUCGACAAACAUUUUAACAUGUAUGUUCACAAUGGUGCUAAAUUAAUAUUAACUCUAGUAAACACUUCCUUUCAGAAGAAGAUUAAACAUGAGGAAGAAGGUAUCUCCCAGGAGAAAUUGCUAGCUGAGGAAACCGACAAGUUGUCAGUCCAGUCAAGUGAUACCAGAGGCAGAAGCCAUGGCAGGAAUACAAAUAGCAGACAUUCAGAUAAAAGGAAAGAUGAUAAAGUUUUUGAUCUCAGAGAGAAAUUAAAACUGUCAAAAGUCAGUGAUGCAAACAGACACAGUGAUUCAAAAGCUAUGUCAAGUGAAACAUCUAGUGGAAGAUCAAGUUCAAAGGAAACAGUGCAGAAAAGUUCUGAUUCAGAGAGGUCAAAGUCAAAAGGUGCAAAAGUAAGCGCAAAAGAAACUUGCCAAAGGUCAAGGCCAAGAGAUUCUAAAAGUUCAUGGUCAAGUGUAGAUACAUCAGAAAGUAGACAUUCAGGGAUGCAGGAAGAUGCAAGAAAAUUGUUUAGUUCAGAUGACUCUUACAAUCAAGGGUCAAGGUCAAAAGUAAAAACUGAACAUUCAGAAUCGCCAGAUGAAAAACAGUUAGAAAGCUCGGAGAUCAAACGGUCAAGAGAUUUCAAGGAUCAUUAUAAAAACUACAUGUCAGAUAGCAAUAUUUAUGUUAAAAGACAGCAUCAAAGACUGCAAGAAAACAGUUCAAAAUCAGACAGUGAGACCAAAUUGGAGUCCUCUGACAGACAGAAAAGGUUGGAUAAAAACUUGAAAAAACAUUUCCAGCCAUUUUGGCCUUUGUAUAAAAAGUGGACAGAGACUAGAUGUUAUGCGGAGUACGAAAUUUUGUCUCGGCAUGUAAACCAGCUAUUCAUCAGGGGAGAUAAUGUGGUUAGUGUUUCUUUAGCAGAUUGUUGAUUAUGAGUUGCACGUAAUGCUAUAAAAGUUUUGAUAUUUAUUGACUAAUUUUAAGUUUUUAUAGAGCUUUUUGUUGUCACCUUUUGUCAGGGUUCGGGCUCGCAUCACAGAAGUUUUGCAUGUACAGGGUUUUUUCUAGCUAAUUUGGGAACAUAGCCUAUACCCCCAAAAUUGGGAAUUUUGACGCGUAAAUGUUCCAAAUUGGGAAAUAUUUAGUCACAUAGGAUAUAGUAAGGAUGUGUUUAAAGCACUUCCUCAUACACCUGUUUCACAUUGUACAACCUUUUUUACAUUCUUCCAUUACAAAAUUGUCCAUAAUUUGGUCAAUGUUUGUGCAAUUUUGAUGAAAUUUUUUUUUCAGAAUGUAGAUUGGGAAUUUUUGCACACAUUUUGGGAAAAAUACAUACUUUUUGGCAUUGGGAAUGUAGCCGAAUAACGGCUAUAAAACGGCCGGAAAAAAACCCUGAUGUAUGCAGGUUUCUUUAAAAUAACUAGACCAAAUGAGCCGCGCCCUGAGAAAACCAACAUAGUGCGUUUGCGAACAGCAUGGAUCCAGACCAGCCUGCUCAUCUGCAGAUCCAUGCUGUUUGCUAAUGGUUUAUCUAAUUGCAAUAGGCUUUGAAAGCGAACAGCAUGGAUCCUGACCAGACUGCGCGGACGCGCAGGCUGGUCUGGAUCCAUGCUGGUCGGAAACGCACUAUGUUGGUUAUCUCAUGGCAUGGCUCAAAUUUUUUUUAAUGCCAUUGUUUGGCAUCAUGUGAUGACCUUAUAGUGCAAGUUAUAUAACUGUCUUGCAUUUAUUUAAAAUUAUGCACCUUUUUAACAUAGAAAUGGACGUCCCAGAAAAAUAAGGUCAUAACUGUUAUUUACGACCUUAUUUGACCUAUAUUUUUUUUUGGAAACUGCAUUAAAAGGGCUUUAAUAUGAACAGAAAAUCAUUAUGGUGUGAUCUUAUUUAUUGAACCAAAAAUGACAUUUUGUUAAUAAUAUAAGGUCAUUUCUUCUACUUACGACCCAUUUUUGGUCAGUUUUAGAAAUAUCUAAUGAAGAAAAUGGUCGUAUCUGCCACUUACAACCUUUUAAGAUUGCAUAUUAUGUGAUUUUAGAUACAACAAUUAUAUAGUAAAUAGGUCGUAAGUAGCAGAUACUACCUUCCAUUAUUGGGGACUGUAAAAUGGCGCACAUGUAUAUACAAUUCCUUAAAUAUCAUCAUCUGGAUAAAUACAUUACCAUCAGUACUGUAAGAAUUUAAGCUUUACCUGUGAGGUUGAAAAACAACAUAUGGAUAAUUUUGUUAAGAAGUCUACAAAAGGAAUAUUUUUUUUCAAAAGUACUGUUUUCACCCUAUCAUUUCUGGGGUGUCGAAAUCUGAUUUGAUUUAAUUAAAUUGAUUUAAUUUGAUUAAUUUAAUUUAAUUUAAUUUUUUUUAUGCCCCCGAAGGGAGGCAUAUUAGUUUUCAACUGUCUGUUUGUUCGUUAGUUUGUUCGUUCGUUCGUCACAACGUUAACUUUUUGCAUGAAGGCACUUUACUCGCGAACCACUGCACCCAGGACCUUCAAACUUCACAUGCUGAUAGUACUUAUUGAAUACACCACCCCUACUGACUUUGGGGUCACCAGGUCAAAGGUCAAGGUCACAGGGGCCAACGUUAUUUUUUUGCAUGAAGGCACUUUACUUGCGAACCACUGCACCCAGGACCUUCAAUCUAAACAUGCUGAUAGUACUUAUUAAGUACACCACCCCUACUGACUUUGGGGUCACCAGGUCAAAGGUCAAGGUCACAGGGGCAAACGUUAACUUUUUGCAUGAAGGCACUUUAUUCGCGAACCACUGCACCCAGGACCUUCAAACUUCACAUGCUGAUAGUACUUAUUGAGUACACCACCCCUACUGACUGGGUCACCAGGUCAAAGGUCAAGGUCACAAGAGCCAAUGUUAACUUUUUGCAAGAAGGCACUUUACUCGCGAACAACUGCACCCAGGACCUUCAAACUUCACAUGCUGAUAGUACUUAUUGAGUACACCACUCCUACUGACUUUGGGGUCACCAGGUCAAAGGUCAAGGUCACAGGGGCCAACGUUAACUUUUUUGCAUGAAGGCAUUUUACUCGCAAACAACUUCACCAAGGACCUUCAAACUUCACAUGCUGAUAGUACUUUAUGAGUACACCACCCCUACUGACUGGGUCACCAGGUCAAAGGUCAAGGUCACAUGAGCCAACGUUAACUUUUUGCAAGAAGGCACUUUACUCGUGAACCACUGCACCCAUGACCUUCAAACUUCACAUGCUGAUAGUACUUAUUGAGUACACCACUCCUAAUGACUUUGGGGUCACCAGGUCAAAGGUCAAGGUCACAGUGGCCAACGUUAACUUUUUCGCAUGAAGGCACUUUACUCGCAAACAACUUCACCAAGGACCUUCAAACUUUACAUGCUGAUAGUAUUUUAUGAGUACACCAACCUACUGACUUUGGGGUCCCCAGGUCAAGGUCACAGGGACCAACGUUAACUUUUUGCAUGAAGGCACUUUACUCGCGAACCACUUCACCCAGGACCUUCAAACUUCACAUGCUGAUAGUACUUAUUGAGUACACCACUCCUACUGACUUUGGGGUCACCAGGUCAAAGGUCAAGGUCACAGGGGCCAACAUUAACUUUUUGCAUGAAGGCACUUUACUCGCGAACCACUUCACCCAGGACCUUCAAACUUUACACGCUGAUAGUACUUUACGAGUACACCAACCCUACUGACUUUGGGUCACCAGGUCAAAGGUCAAGGUCACAGGGGCCAACGUUAACUUUUUGCAUGAAGGCACUUUACUCGCGAACCACUGCACCCAGGACCUUCAAACUUCACAUGCUGAUAGCACUUAUUGAGUACAUCACCCCUACUGACUUUGGGUCACCAGGUCAAAGGUCAAGGUCACAGGAGCCAACGUUAACUUUUUGCAUGAAGGCACUUUACUCGCGAACCACUGCACCCAGGACCUUCAAACUUCACCUGCUGAUAGUACUUAUUGAGUACACCACUCCUACUGACUUAGGGUUAGGGGUCACCAGGUCAAAGGUCAAGGUCACAGGGACCAACGUUAACUUUUUUGCAUAAAGGCACUUUACUCGCAAACCACUUUACCAAGGACCUUUAAACUUUACAUGCUGAUAGUACUUUAUGAGUACACCAACCUACUGACUUUGGGGUCACCAGGUCAAGGUCACAGGGGCCAACGUUAACUUUUUGCAUGAAGGCACUUUACUCGUGGACCACUUAACCCAGGACCUUCAAACUUCACAUGCUGAUAGUACUUAUUGAGUACACCACCCCUAUUGACUUUGGGGUCACCAGGUCAAAGGUCAAAGGUCAAGGUGCUGCAGGAGCAUUUGUCACCAUUAGUGACAGCUCUUGUUAAUUUAAUUUAUUUUAAUUCAAUAUUGUGAAAGAUUUACAUGUAAGCAUGUUUCUCAGGAACUACAACUAUAGAUUCACCACACAUGUUUGGUGCAAAGUUAUGCAUCUUUUUCAACUUAGAUAUUAUGUACUUUUUUCAUCUUCAAACAUUUUUCUAAAACUUGUGUAUGUAAGCUAGCAUUAGGUUGAAGUGCUUCAGUUUGUCAAGCGUGCUGUCAUUAGACAGUUCCUGUUCAGCAUAUCUGGCCUGAGUGGUGCAGUUAGAUGUAAAAGCUAAAGCUUACUGGUCUGUGGGUCAGGACAUUAGUUGAGCAGUAUUCUCCUAGACAGCUUGCAGAUUGGUUAGGCAUAAGAUAAAUUGUACACCUUGGUUUCUUUGGUGGGAUGUUGUGGGUUUUACUUGUCAAACAACAAGUUAGUUCAGGUCAGAAAUCUGAGAUUGUUAGAUUAAUUGACAAGUCACCAGACUGGUAUUGAAUUACUAAAAUUGUUGAAUUACUUUUAAAAAUGUGUGUAGAUCCAGAGUAUGAAAUCAUAUUGUCUGUUGUAAUUGAGUUUGUUUUAAUAAUGAAAUCUUAGGGAUGUAAAAACUAAAUAUACUCAUCUGUUGGAAAAGGUGAUUUUCUUAAUGACAGGGUAUGUCUAUUUAAAUUUGUGACCGCAAAAAGUAUUAAAAAAUCAAUUUCUGCUUUAUUUGAUAAUGGAUUGUUUUAAAAUUUCCAGAUAUCUUACUUAGCUUAAAUGCAAAACUUGUCUAAAGUUUCAUAAGAAGUACCUUUUUAGCUCACUUGAGCACAAAGUGCUCAAGGGGUGAAAAACUAGGUCACUAGGUCAGAAAGUAGGACAACUUUGUUAAUAGUAUAUUGCCCACAUUUUCUACCUAAUCUUCAUUAAACAUUUUUUACCAGAAUGUGUGGUGUUAUAAAAGCAAAGAAAUUUUACAUGUUGUUAACUUUUCAAACUUAGCAAAUUUGAGGCUGUUUUUUUUCUGUAAAUCUAAUAUACCCUUUCUGUGAAAUUUUGAAAAAUAACUUUGAAUAACUGGUAAAAGGGCAGUCAAGGACUAGAUGAGUUAUACAUUUGUUGUAGGUGUAUUGUUAGCUCACCUGUCACAAAGUGACAAGGUGAGCUUUUGUGAUCGCGCAGCGUCCGUCGUCCGUCCGUCCGUGCGUAAACUUUUGCUUGUGACCACUCUAGAGGUCACAUUUUUCAUCGGAUCUUUAUGAAAAUUGGUCAGAAUGUUUACCUUGAUGAUAUCUAGGUCAAGUUCGAAACUGGGUCACGUGCAGUCAAAAACUAGGUCAGUAGGUCUAAAAAUAGAAAAACCUUGUGACCUCUCUAGAGGCCAUAUAUUUCUCAAGAUCUUCAUGAAAAUUGGUCAGAAUGUUCACCUUGAUGAUAUCUAGGUCAAGUUCGAAACUGGGUUACGUGCCGUUAAAAACUAGGUCAGUAGGUCAAAUAAUAGAAAAACCUUGUGACCACUCUAGAGGUCAAAUUUUUCAUGGGGUCUUUAUGAAAAUUGGUCAGAAUGUUCACCUUGAUGAUAUCUAGGUCAGGUUCGAAACUGGGUUACGUGCGGUCAAAAACUAGGUCAGUAGGUCUAAAAAUAGAAAAACCUUGUGACCUCUCUAGAGGCUAUAUAUUUUACAAGAUCUUCAUGAAAAUUGGUCAGAAUGUUCACCUUGAUAAUAUCUAGGUCAAGUUCCAAUCUAGGUCAUGUGCCAUCAAAAACUAGGUCAGUAGGUCAAAUAAUAGAAAAACCUUUUGACCUCUCUAAAGGCCAAUUUUUUCAUGGGAUCUGUAUGAAAGUUGGUCUGAACGUUCACCUUGAUGAUAUCUAGGUCAAGUUUGAAACUGGGUCACGUGCGGUCAAAAACUAGGACAGUAGGUCUAAAAAUAGAAAAACCUUGUGACCUCUUUAGAGGCCAUACUUUUGAAUGGAUCUUCAUAAAAAUUGGUCAGAAUGUUCAUCCUGAUGAUAUCUAGUUCAAAUUCGAAACUGGGUCACGUGCCUUCAAAAAGUAGGUCAGUAGGUCAAAUAAUGAAAAAACCUUGUGACCUCUCUAGAGGCCAUAUUUUUCAUGGGAUAUGUAUGAAAGUUGGUCUGACUGUUCAUCUUGAUGAUAUAUAGGUCAAGUUUGAAACUUGGUCAGCUGCGGUCAAAAACUAGGUCAGUAGGUCUAAAAUUAGAAAAAUCUUUUGACCUCUCUAGAGGCCAUAUUUUUCAAUAGAUCUUCAUGAAAAUUGGUCUGAAUGUUCACCUUGAUGGUAUCUAGGUCAGUUUUGAAACUGGGUCACAUGCGGUCAAAAACUAGGCCAGUAGGUAUAAAAAUAGAAAAACCUUGUGACCUCUCUAGAGGCCAUAUUUUUCAUGAGAUCUUCAUGAAAAUUAGUGAGAAUGUUCACCUUGAUGAUAUCUAGGUCAAGUUCAAAACAGGGUCACGUACCUUUGAAAACUAGGUCAAUAGGUCAAAUAAUAGAAAAACCUUGUGACCUCUGUAGAGGCCAUAUUUUUCAAUGGAUCUUCAUGAAAAUUGGUCAGAAUUUUUAUCUUAAUGAUAUCUAGAUCAAAUUCAAAACUGGGUCACAUGAGCUCAAAAACUAGGUCACUAUAUCAAAUUAUAGAAAAAACGAGGUCAUACUCAAAACUGGGUCAUGUGGGAACAGGUGAGCGAUUCAGGACCAUCAUGGUCCUCUUGUUAUUAAUAAUGUCAGUUAAUUAUGCUUUAUAACUGUUGAUUUGUUAAAUGACCAUACAAAAGUUAAUAAAAAUGAAACAGUAAAA